CUAGAGAGAAACCAUUUCAAGGGACCUAUCAAGUUUUGGAAAAUGUCUUCAUCAUCUAGGCUUCAGUUUCUAAACCUAGCUCAAAACAACCUAGAUGGUCCAAUCCCGAAACUGAUAUCUCGAUAUCAUAACCUAGAAGAGUUACAUCUUAGUUUCAACAAUCUCAACGGGUCAAUACCAAAGUCUCUGUCGAAAUUAUUGAAACUAGAGUACUUUUGUCUUACCAACAACAACAUGGAAGGGGAGGUACCAAGUUGGAUAUGGAGAUUGACCAUGGUUGCACUCGGUAACAACUCUUUCAACAGUUUUGGAACAUCGUCAUCACAAGCUCUCGAUGAAACACAAGCGAUCAAGUGGUUGGAUCUUAGCUCCAAUGCUUUCCGAGGACCGUUGCCUCAUUGGAUCUGCAACCUUACGUCACUAGAGAUCUUGAACUUGUCCAACAAUCUAUUCAACGGCUCUAUCCCUCAAUGUCUAAAGAACUCCACAGCUUCUCUCACAGAUUUGGUUCUACGCAACAAUAGCUUCACUGGGAUGAUUCCAGAUAUAUUCGUUAACGCCACCAAGUUAAUAUCACUUGACGUCAGCCGCAACCACCUGGAAGGAGAGCUUCCAAAGUCCUUGGUCCAUUGCACUCGUCUCGAGCUUUUGAACGUGAGAAGCAACAGAAUCAAAGACACGUUUCCAUUUUGGUUAGGAUCUUUGCCUUCGUUACAUGUCCUCAUCCUCAGAUCAAACAAGUUUCACGGACCACAUGUAUCUACAAAGUUUCAAAGCUUAAGAGUCAUUGAUGUCUCGCAUAACGAGUUCACAGGAGCGCUACCAUCUCUCUAUUUCUCCGAGUGGCUUGCAAUGACCACGGUGAGCAUUGAAGAGGACAGUUUUAUGAUCUCUAACGUUCCUUACAUGGGGAAGGUUCUGAACGCUACUGCCUUCUACAUUAGCUCAAUGGAGAUAGUUAACAAAGGAGUAGAGAUGGAGUUUAAACGGAUCAACCAAGACUACAGAACCAUAGACUUUUCUGGAAACAGUUUCUCUGGGAACAUCCCUGAAUCUAUUGGACUACCGAAGGAGCUGCGUCAUCUCAACUUGUCAGGGAAUGCAUUCACAGGCAGCAUACCACAGUCACUGGCUGAUUUGACCAAGCUUGAGUCGUUAGACUUAUCCAAGAAUCAGUUGUCAGGUCAGAUCCCUCAGAAUCUUGGUAGUCUCUCGUUUGUGUCGACAAUGAACCUCUCUCAUAACCUUCUUGAAGAGCCAGUGCUAAGAAGCACACAGUUCCAAGGCCAAAGCUGUUCUUCGUUCAUGGAUAACCUCAAACUAUACGGUCUUGAAGACAUAUGUGGAGGAGAAAAACACGUCAAGAAUCCUGUAUUAGAAGAAUCUGAGCAAGAGGAGCAAGUGAUUAACUGGAUAGCAGUGGUAAUAGCCUAUGGACCUGGUGUUUUCUGUUGAUUUGUGAUCAGACAUAUCUUCACUUCACACAAACAGAACAUAGUAGUAACCAAAAGUGUUUGUUGAACACCUUCUCUUGUUGUUUCUCUCUUACAUGUUACAUCUACAAGCAGAGGCUACAUAUGAUUUUUAUAUUUGAAUUGUUUCCUUUUAUGGUAAAUGAAAGGUUACAGACCUGAUAAGAAUCCAAUUCCAGAGGGCUCUAUAAACUUUGAUUUUGGUAGCUGAAGACCCUCUAAAACUUUUUGUCUUUAUUUUGGUAGCUUAACCCUCUAGAGGAAACAGAGGCUUGCAUUUACUUUGGUAACUGAAGACUCUCUAGACGAGGAAGAGGCUUAUGGUUUCGUCUCUUUGACAUUUGUCUGGUCA